AUAUUUUCUUUUUGUGCACAUUAUGCACAUUGAUUUAUUUCUAUUUGGUAGAAAGAAUUUACAUUUGAAGUAUAUUACAAGAGUAACGCGAGGAAUUAAGUCAUAAGUGGUAAAUUUUGUUCCUUUUGGUUUUAAUGUAUGUUCUCGGAACCAUAAUUUUGAAGUGAUCAAUUAAUCAAAAAGGAACAUAAAUCAACUAUUAAAAUUACAAAGGAUUAUCAAAGUUAAACUAUAUAAAAACUGGAGUUAAACAAACAACAGCCCUAGAGUAAAUAUGUUUAAUAAUAGUAUUCAGGCUGUAAUAACUAUGUUCUAUCUUAUAGAAUGUUUCUUCUCAUGUGGUUGUUUUUCUUAUUCUGUCGGAAAUGUUUCACUUGCGUUAGAAAGUAAAAAUAAUGGAGAUACUAAUACAAAUAUGCUGACGACAAUGACAAACUGCUCACUAUAUCCAAAAUAUUUGGAUGAAAAGGAAAAUAUUGCUGAACUUGUGAACGGAGGUUACGCUCUUGUUAAAAUAUCGAUUGAAUUUGAGGGAAGUAACGGACCAUUUAGUCAAAUAAAAAAAAGCGGCCACAUGUUCCGACCAUAUGACUGGACUAUCAUAACAAGCGUUACUGGUCAAAGGAUGCUUUUGCUAAAAGAAUAUUUUAUUACAAUAUCGAUAAAGGCACUUGGUCUAGGCGUUGUGGAUGCGGACUUAACAUUGGGUCAAAGUCCAGCCGACUGUCUGAAAGACAAAUCCUAUGAAGAAAUUGAAAAUAGCCUUAGACAUUUAUUCCUAAGGAAUUUUGAACCAAAAGGACAAUUAUUACUUGAUGAGGCUGAAAUUUGCAACAGACAUGUGAAAACGCAUGGAAAUGUCGGUCAAACUGUUUAUGUGUGUUGUCACGAGAAAUACUCAAAGAAUCAAGAAUGUUCUGUUAUCGAAAAGAGCAAUCUCAUGCGGAUCUUAUUUCUGUCUAUUUCGAUUCUUAAAUGGAUCAGCAUUUUCUGCUUUCCACUUUUUAUUCCUUACUAUGUUUAUGAAGCCAAAAAUGUAUAUCACGAUUAUCAUGUAUACGAUAUGACGGGGAAUGAAGAUUACAAAAUAAAUAUUAUGAAGAUGACAGGUAUAGAGGGUGUAAAGGCGGAAAGGUUUGUGAAAGCCAAGAUACAGUCAUUUACAAGUAUGGCACAAUUUAAAAAACAAGUCAAAGAAAAGGUUACAGAAGUAAAUAAGAAAUAUACGUUUGGUAUUGAAGAAAUUCUUAUUUCUGUGCGAAAUAGUAAUAUAAUAGGAGAAGGGUGUGCCCCAGUGAGUGUUUUGGGGUUUUUGAGUAAUUUCAUUGGACGCUGUAAGUUACGCCAUGUAAUAAACAAAGGAGAUGACUAUUGCAAAGGGGAUGUUUUUCCGCGUUGCUGUAAUUGUAACCUUUCUUGGAAUAAGUGCAUGCAGGGUUUUAUGGUAUUUAUUAUGGUCCUUGUUUUGUUUUUACCAUUUGAAUUAAGGCUAUUGAGCUAUUUCUUAAUUGAGCGGACAUCUGUACGAGAACAAAUGGAACUGAUGAAAGGGCGAAAUUUAAGCAUGUAUACAGCUAUCAGAGAUAAAUUGGAAUAUCCUAUAACAUAUGCGUUGUCUUCAGAUUUGUGGUUUAUAGUAAUCAUCAUAUACUCCUUAAUAUUAUCGGCGGUUAUUUUCUUCUACAAAUGUGUAAUUCUAGAAAAAACAAAAGAAGACAUAAAAUACAUCUUACGUAAGAGUAUUCGCGACAUGCGACUUACAAAUAAAAGUGAACUAUGUAGUACAUAUAUUGGAAAAUCAGUAUGGCUCUUAAAUAAAACAGGUAUAGCUGGUCUCUUAAUUUUUCCGUUUUGGUUUGUCGUAAUAUGCAUACCACUUUCAAUUGAAUUAAUUCCAACUUUCAGUCUUAUCGGACAAAUUAUCAUUAAUUUCAAGGAGCCAGAAAAUAAGAACACAUCUAACCAGCCGGGAAAUAAAUUAUGCAGUGGGAUAUUGCUUGUUUUCAUAGUAGUUUUGAUUCUAUUGCUUUCCCUUGUACUUGUUAUGGAAUGUUUGUCUUUUUAUGUUGAAUUGUCAAUAUACAUAUUAGUUGGUUUUAUACUGAAUCCAUAUGUGUCACUUAAAUAUGCCUCUUUGAUCUUUCUUGUGGUUCUCUACGGGCAUGAAUGCUUUAAGGGCGUCUACAAUCGGUAUGUGUCUUACAACAAUACUGUUAUUGCAAAAUUAAAAACUAUGGUUGGAGAAAGUCUACAAAAUGUAGCAUCUUUAUCAGAAGCAGAACAGGAAAAUACUGUAUUUACUAUACCAGGAAAAAAUCGGCAAGCAGAAAACAUGAAAAAAUAUACUCUGAAAGGUCGGAAACCAAAGAAAACAGAAAAUAUAUUGUUUCCAUUUAUGCGAAAACCUGUUGAACAUAAUACUAGGUCACAAGAAAAUACAAGAAGAAACCUAUUCUCACUUGGAUCGGAAGGGUUUUUGAAGUUAAAUAUUCCACGACUUGUGCUUUUUAUGGAUAAAUCAGACUUUAUCUUUAUACCAAAGUCAUUUCUUUUCAAAAUGGCAAAUUUACCUCAUAAUCUAUGUCCUGGGUCAGUUCAUAUGCUCUACUUUAAAGCUGCUUUUGAUUUUUCUUUAAUUGUCAUUUUCCUUGCGUUUGUUUUUGUUAUCAUAAUGGCGUUUGGUAAAGUGCAAAAUAUAUCUACUGGUGGGCAGACGAUAGCUGCUUUAGGAAGUGGUCUCAUACCAUUGUUUUUGCGACGAAUCCUUUUUAGAUCUCAUGAGACUCCAAGUGUUGACAGUUCAGACCUCCAAUGGCAAUAUUUGUUUGAAAAUGCAGUACAGGAGUAUUCUGAAAGAUGGAAUUUUGUUGACAUUUGUUUGAAACCUGACCCAGACCAAAUAUCCAAUACAAAUUGUAUCGAUGGUGAUUCAUCUAAACAAAGUGAUGAUUCGGUUGCUAAUAGUGGAAGUCCAACUGCUGCCGACUCAGAUAUAGAUAAAAAUAAUGAUGGUCCAGACGAAAGCACGAAAUUUUUCCCUGAACAGAAUACAGAGACACCAAACAUCGAACACAUCGACGACAUCGAUUUGAUCUUUGUUGAAAACGAAGACGACAGAACAGAUCUUACGUUUUAUGUCCAAAAACCAUUUGUUUUUACUAAAAAUGAUUAAACAUGAAAAUUAUAUUUAUACUGUAGCCUUAAAAUGUGACGGCUUAAUGUAAUAUAUUGCUAUAAUUGUUUUUUUUUUGAAAUUCUUCUCUGUAAUCAGCCACUUGAUUAAAUCUUUAUGUUUUACACGCAAAUUCAGUGCUACUUAGUACAUCUGUAAAACCUUUUUUUAUCAAUUGUUGUAAUUAUGAUCUGUCAAGAUGGAUUUGCUAUUUAAAAAAUUGCAUGUAUUUUUUUUGUUGAAUCUUAAAUAUUGGUUAAGACAGUAAUGGAGAGAGGUUGCAAUUUUAAUUAUUUGUAAGGAACAGAUUGAAUGAAACUUUUUAAUGUAAUAGAUUGCAAGUGACCUUCACAUAUUAAUAUGUUUACUUUGCUUUCGCGGCAUCUCCCAUUUUUGGCUCCAUUUUUUUUAAGAAUAUAUAUUUUGGAGGUAUUGUUGGCGUUGAUUAUUAUUUUUGGUUUGGCUUCCGUUUAAGGUCAUUAAUUAAAAAAUAUAAGUCUAUAACAUUGAAACUUCAUAAGUAGAUACAAUUUAAUUAGUUCUACUUGUCACAUAAUUUUGAGGUAUAAAACUUGAAAGAUCAACAUUGUUUUUAGGUCGAAAGAUCAAAGGCCAAGGUCAUUAUGACCUUUAAAAUGUAAUAGGUUAAGGCCAGUUGUCUAAGAAUUUACCAACGCUAUUCACUUGCUCACUUUAAAAAUCAAGGUGUAUUUUCUAUAGGGUAGAUAACACUGAAUAGCAUUUUUUGCUAAAUUAUCACCCUUUUCAUCCUUUUAUAUUUUCAAAUAUUCAUCCUAUUCCAUCAUCACAGAUAUUCACGUCACACUUUAAAUACUUGUUGAAUAUCAAGCGAAAAUGUUUGCCAAACAGAAUUAUGCCCUUUUUUCUACUUUGCUUUCAUCAUACUAACAAGUACUUAGAAAAAUGGAGCGGGCUGCUUCUGGAACAGCUCUUGUUAGACUUCAUUUCUGCUUUCUUGUUUUUUGAAUAUCAAAAUGAAUAUGUAUUUUAUCUUUUGCCGUGAUUUUUUCUUCCCUUUUAACUGUUUUAAAUUUUACUUCACUUAUUUUAGUAACGUUUAAUUAAAUAACAUGUUUUUUUAGUAAUUUUUCAUUUUUAUGUAGUAUGUGGAUGACUAAAUGGCUUUAUUUAUCUAUUCCAUUAUAUCAGUGAUUGACUCAUAUAUUUUCAAUAAAAAGGAAUAUGUAUUUGUCAUUUAAAACUCACAACAUUUUCCCUUUCAUAAUCUUCACUGUAACCUCCAAUAAUUUUCACCGCGAGCAAGAUCUAGAGAUUUACAUCACAAGUCAAUGUCACACAUUCAAAGAAAUUAUUUGAUGAAAAUGCACUGACAUUCGUGCCCGAUCAACAAUUUUGUCAUUCCUGAAUGGAUUUUAGAAAUAACUAUGCAGUAAUAUGUUGAACAUUUCAUUAUUCCUGGAUAUAUCUUGAAAUUACUAAGUCAAAGGUCAUGGCUCCUCUACUAGACCCUGCUUUGGAACAUUUGUGUUUCCAACAACAUGUCUUGUUUUUGUUGUUCUUUUUUCUUUUUUUGUGUGUUUUGCUGUUGUUGUGUUGUGUUUUUAUUUUAUUUUCUUUGACGAACAGUUGGGGUUAUCUUAGUUUUAUCAUGUAAAAAGUGUUAUUAAAAAUUAAAAUUUUGAUAAGAAUUGAAUGUCUCCUAUAGCAUUGUACAGAAUGGUUAUCUUUUACUGAUAUAUAGAUUUGCAUAGUGUAAUAUUUUAUGUUGUAACU